UGAGAUACAGAAAGCCAGAGAGAUAAAGCACGCGCGAACAAGCGAGAAAACGAGAGAGAGAUGGUGAGCUACGGACAUGAGUUGCGCGUGCUCCAGUCCCUUUAAUUGACUUGGGCAUGCGCAGUCCUGCCGCCUCGACUACACUCCGGCGCGCCGUCGCGUGCGUGCGUGUGGUGUGUUGCUCCAGCAACUUGCUCCUCCAACGGACUUGGCCGUGCAGGAGGGAAACUUGACGGAAGAAGUUGCAGUUCACAACUGGACGGGCAGACAUCAGGUGUGUUUUCUCUCUCUCUCUGCCUCAGCCCUCAAACCCCGCACCUUCAGAACGGGCCCUGCAGCCUCUGGUUUCAAACCGUUACCUGCAGAAAACUUACAGAAAAGGACUUGCCAUACACGGAAACGCACCGGAUCGGGAUUUAAAAAAAAAAAAUUAAAACAACAACAAAUGAUGGACUGAAGGAACACACAACAAAGAAACGACAGGUAAAAUCUGGCAAAAGCAAGAGAAAUUGUCUUUCUGCAUGCUUUCUUUUUCUUCUAAGUUAUAAAAAAUUGAUAGCUGUAAAAAGGAAGAGGUCAAGGUUUGGGAAGAUUUGUCUUGAUGUGUAAACGCAUGCUAGGAAGUCGUGCCAGCCAGGAACACGGGGAGUUCAAAACAUUGCCCGACAUGAAAGCCGUCGACGAAAAAUAACUGCUGAGGCGGCAGCGCUGGACGAGGAGAGCGCCACGCCGUGGUGUAGGUUGUUGAUGCUGCAGCUGACGGGAGCUAAGGUUGUUGUGCCUCCCCAACCACUGUCUAAUCGCUGACAAGUCACAUGACUCUAAAGAGGGCAUCGUCGUUCGUACACUAAACCAUCAGCAUGGAUCUCGGGCUUUCUCGCUGGACAGUGAGAACUUUGGUUUUUACCUUCUGGCGACACGCACCUCGAUCUCUCCAGAUUCUGCGGUUACCUUCGCAGAUAAGGCUAGACAAUAUUCUGUAAGAUCACACUCCUCCUUCCUUAAAAUGCAGUAUUUUGUCAGUUCUAUUCAUGGAGUGACAACUAAUUGUGAAGACAGGCCUCUUUGACAAGAACACUGUGUACAACAAGUUCAGGGGGUCGACGUCAACAAUGUGUUCGUCGUCACCGUGGUGGUGUUGGUGGUUUCUGCAUUUCCUGGUGGGGCAGUGCACAGCGUCCGGGUAUUUCGAGUUACAGCUACAGUCGCUACGUAACGCACGCGGAGAGUUGGCGGACGGAACGUGCUGCGACGGUACCCGGAACUCCGCAGGUGUGUGCACCGAUCAGUGUGAAACCUUAUUCCGGGUGUGUCUGAAGGAAUACCAGGCCGUCGUCUCCAUGGAAGGCCCCUGCACCUUUGGCAACAUCAGCAGCUCGGUCCUUGGAGGCAACUCCUUUUCCUACCCGCUAGAGACGACCGUCACCCGCCUCAAACUACCCUUUGAUUUUGCCUGGACAAGAUCGUACACACUCAUCCUGGAGGCCUUUGACGAAGACAAGAGUGAUGUUGUUGAUGAAGGCAAUCUGAUCGACAGGACAGCACACUCCGGCAUCAUCUUACCUGGACAGGACUGGCACACCAUCACCCACACCGGCGCCACUGCCAGCAUCACGUUCCGCAUCCGCGUCGUCUGCGACCGUCACUACUACAACACCACGUGCACCAAGCUCUGUCGCCCGGGCAACGACGACGUCCUCGGACACUUUACGUGCGACGCGCACGGAGACAAGGUCUGUCUGGAUGGCUGGAUGGGCAAGGAGUGCGAAACAGCCAUAUGUCGGCAGGGGUGCCAUGCUGUCCACGGAUCAUGCCAGAGACCAGGUGAAUGCAGGUGUGUGUACGGCUGGCAAGGAGAACUGUGCGACCAAUGCAUUCCGUACCCAGGAUGCCAGCAUGGUUCUUGUAAUGGGUCACCAUGGCAAUGUGUCUGUGACCUGAACUGGGGAGACAUCUUGUGCGACAAAGACUUAAACUACUGUGGCCGCCACUUUCCAUGCAAGAAUGAUGGCAUCUGCCGAAACACCAAACCAGAUGAAUAUGAAUGCACGUGUCCUAAAGGUUUCACGGGAAAAAAUUGUGAAAUAGCGGAGCAUGCUUGCAGCAAGAACCCUUGUGCACACGGAGGAACCUGUGUGGACAUUAUAAACGGAUUCGCCUGCAACUGCCCAACCGGCUGGACCGGAGAGACGUGCCUCAUAAACAUUGACGAAUGCCAAUCAAACCCUUGUCUGCAUGGCGGGACGUGCGAGGACAGGGAGAACGGGUACGAAUGCGUGUGUCCACCUGGCUGGCAAGGCCCCCAUUGUCAGCUGGAUGCGGACGAGUGCAGUGGCAGCCCCUGCGCCAACGCCUAUGCCUGCCGCAACCUCAUCGGUGACUACUUCUGCGAGUGUCAGCCCGGCUGGACCGGAAAAAAAUGUGACAUCAACAUUGACAAUUGCAGAGGCGUCAUCUGCCAGAACGGAGCAGUCUGUGUUGACCUGGUGAACGACUUCAACUGUGCGUGUCUUCCUGGAUUCACGGGGGCACUUUGUGAGGUGGAGAUAAAUGAGUGUGCCAGCAACCCUUGUCAGCAUGGAGCCACGUGUCACGACACCCAGGCUGCCUUCCAGUGCCAGUGUGCCCCUGGGUACACGGGUCUUCUGUGUCAGAUCGAUGUCGACCCGUGCAGUCCAAACCCAUGCAAACAGGGCGCCAGCUGCUUCAAUGUUCAAGGAGACUUUUUCUGCCACUGUCAGGAUGGCUGGACGGGCAAAGAUUGCUCCAUCCCGCGUGAACAAUGCACUGCCCAGUCGUGUGAAGUCAUUGACAGCUGUACAAUUUCCAUCCCAUCGGAAAAACGAUCCAACGACUCCGUCGACCGCUUCCGGCUCAUCUCGUCGGGAGUGUGCGGCAAGAAUGGCAUCUGCAUCAGCCAACCAAACGGGGGCUUUUCGUGUGCAUGCGCUCCUGGAUACGCAGGCACCUACUGUCAUUUGAAUAUUGAUGACUGUGCCAGCAACCCCUGUCAAAAUCUGGGUACAUGCAUCGAUGGAGUCAACUCGUACCAGUGCAUCUGUCCCGAAGGAUGGGAAGGCGCUCUCUGUAAUAUCAAUAAAAAUGACUGCGAUCCCAAUCCAUGUCGGAAUAAUGGUCGUUGCAUUGACAUAACUGGAGAAUUUCUGUGCCAGUGUGUCGCCGGAUGGAAAGGAAAGACUUGUGCGCUGCGUAAUGGCCACUGCGACAGAGAGACAUGUCUUAACGGCGGCACCUGUGUCGAUCUGGGAGACACCUACUCCUGCAGAUGUCCUCAUGGGUGGGAAGGAAACUCUUGUCAGUUCCCGUCGGUCCAUGCGUGCGACAGCAACCCUUGCGGCAAUCAAGGUACCUGUGUCAAUAGUGGAGACAGCUUCACUUGCCUAUGCCAGGACGGCUUUGAGGGCGCUACCUGUGAAAUAAACGUCAACGACUGCAACCCUCAUCCAUGCUACAACGGAGGCACCUGUCGUGAUGGCAUUAACUGGUAUAUAUGUCAGUGUGCACCUGGUUUUUCUGGUCCGGACUGCCGGGUCAACAUAAAUGAGUGCGCGUCCAGUCCUUGUACCUACGGCAGCACGUGCAUUGAUGAGAUCGCCAAGUUCCGCUGUAUCUGCCCCCCUGGUCGCACUGGUGACCGCUGUCAGUCAGUAAUUGGUCAGACGCCUUCGCCAAAGUCAUGUGAACACAACAGGCGAAUUUUUCCUGAUGGUAUGACGUGGGAGCACGAGUGUAAUUCGUGCACAUGCGACAAUGGCAAAGUGCGUUGUACAAAGAUCUGGUGCGGACCUCGCAAUUGUCUGACGCAUCCGAAUCUGACCGAGUCGGCCAUGGAGUGUGCCCUUGACCAUACGUGCGUUGUUCAGACCCAGAAGAUGUGCUUGACACCGCCCUGCCUACCCUGGGGCUUAUGCGUGCCUACGGUCAGCGUCGUCAGCGACGCCACCCCGCCGGGAGCAGAUCCCAGCUGCGUACCCAACGCGGCACAUCUGACAACCACCUGCGCAAGAAUGCAGCUAGUAUUCGACAUGUCGAAGAUGCCAAUGGGUAUGUCAGUUGAGGGGAUCUGCAAGUCUCUUAGACAGCUGCCUGCUCUAAAGCGAAUUGUACAGCGCCACACAUUGUACAUACUUUGUGCCAUGAAGGAAAAGCAAUAUGAUGCUAUUGAAAUUACCAUAUCUACUGAUACAGGAGGUUCAGAUGGCCGGGUGGAUCCUGUGCUGCAAGCAGCAGUUGACCGUGUGGCCACCAUGGUCAGCCAUAAGCAGACUAACAGCUCUGCACUGUCAUCUGUGAUUGAGAUUCGUGUUGAGACAUCCUUGGCCAGUGCCGCUGCGCCAGGUCAAGGUUAUGUCAUCCCAGUUGUGUGCUCAAUGAUGGGUGCCAUGGGCAUUCUCAGCAUCAUUUUGUUGGUGCUGUGGCACAACAAACGGCAAAGCACUCACCGGAAGCAUCUUCAGCAGCUCUUCUAUAGCGACCAGAAGACCAACAAUGAAAAUGAGGAAAAUCUUCGCCGUUACCGAAACCCUUUGUUUGACACAACUGACAAGGGAGGUGGCACUUCCAAAAAUGUGCCAACUCAAGAACUGCGGGACAUUGACUUAGAGAAAUAUGAGAAGAGUCCGAGACGUCAGCUUUCUCGGACUGAUUCCCCCUCUGCUGAUUUUAAUGACUACAGGGAGAAUACUCCACCCAUCAAAACAAACCUAAAGAAGAACAUUAACGUUCAGCUUGAUGUUCAGUUGUCUCGAGUCCUUGCAUCAGAGAGAGACAUGAUCGUGUAGCAUAUAAUUUUCAUCUAAAGACACCAAGAAACUGAAUGUAAUGACAGUUCAAGUCAUAUUCUUUGCUUGAAAACUGACUUCUUUCAAGGUAUAUAACUAAAACUGGUGCAAAAGAACAAAUUUUCUGAGGACAAAUAUUUUAAAAAUACUCUGAAAAUGCCAGAUUUGUUGAGAAAGCUGCUGGAAAGUUGUCUGAUCAAUGCAAGGACAUGUUAUCAGUAUUAAUGUGUGCAGAAUCUUUCUGUCUGCUAGCAGUGGCGACUACAUGAGAUUGAUCUCUGAUUUACGAAGUAGUGAACUUCAAAUAUUUCAUAUCAUCCAUGUAAAUAUUCUGUGAAAUGUGCAUUGACAAAAGUUCUUGUGCAAUUUCAUGAUCAUUUUAUUUCUACAGUUCCAUUGUCUGAAGAUUUACUGCUUAUAAAACUGAUGGCAGAACCUACUAUCUACUACAAGUUUCAUUCAUUUGUUAAUCAGCAACUAGUAUUCUGUUGUGAUGUAUUCGGUCAAGGGCUGGCAUUUGUGUUUAACUCACCCAAGGAUUGACUAGAAAGUCUGUUACACAGGCUUUGCUUCAUGCACACUUCAGCCAUGAAUGUGCAUGUGCUAAAUUUCUAGUCUUGUUGCUACGUUCGAUGUCUGCAUAGCUCUGGUGUGCAGCAUUAAAUGGCUGAUGAACAUUAGGUCAGAUGUCGUAUAUUUUCUUAUGGCACUUAGGAAACAUAUUUAUCAUCUGCUGGUGUAUGGCUUAUGACAUGAACACUGAAGUGCUUCAAGAGCUGCUCUUACAUAGUUCACCUUUUUUUUAAUACGCAUAUCUGUCAGUGAAGGCAAUGCUUCAUUCUACAUGUGCUUUGCAUGAAGUUAAUCGAACAUUGAUAUGAAGGAUGAUUAAAUGGAUCAUUGUCAGUCUGAAGUAUCGGUGGCUUCUCCGUGAUUGAAAGCGUCAGCAAUUUUGUUUGGAUUUUGUACAUAAACUUCUUACACAUAUAAAUCUUGAUUCAUCAUAAGAUGCUGCUUAUGUUCAUUUUAUAUGUAGAUAUUCUGUGAACGGAUUGUAAUUUCUUAGUGUCAGAUGUUAGGCUGUGUGCACCUGCUUGUGUGAAAAUUAUGAUUCAUGAUAAUGUAUGGUGACAAGAAAAAUGUUUGGUGCAGUCUCAUAGAAGUGAAAUUAACCAGUCAUUUGAAAAGCGCUGUCACUUCUCAUUAAAUAUCUCUUCACAAAAAUCCUGGUUUUAUCAGAAAGUAAAAACAAUUUUCUUUUGCCUUUUCCUGGAUGGGAAGGGUGUUGGUAGCUCUAGGGCACACGUUAUGUCUGCAAUGAAAUACUAAUUCUCUCAGUUUGUACAGUUUUAGAAUUAUUCACAAAUCAAAUAAUGCUCAAAAAAAUAGUGGGAAAACUAUAUCAAACUCUAUGCUAGAUAUUUUGCGAUAAAUCAUGAGCCACAAAAAAAAAAAUUGAACAGUUCUUUUUUUUAACUGAACAUGAAAAUUUCAAGAUGUUUCCAUUUUUCUAUUAAUAAUUAAAACAAAGGCCAAAAUCAUUCAUCAUAAGAUGUGCAUACCAUAAGUUUCUUUUCUUUUCAUGUACACAAACUCCAUGAUCAUCUAUGUGCAUGAUGUACAUAAAAAAAUUAAAUUGCCGUAUAAGAAGAGGUGAAACAAACCCCAUAAAUAUGAGGCUUCGAAAGAUCACUUACACUUUGUUCAUAACUUUGCUCCAAAAACUCCUGGAGGAGAACUUGGUUAUUGCUUUUGGUAAUUCUUGUACAUGAUGCACAUCUUGAAUCUGUAUUAUAACUCAUUAUUUAUUUCAAAGCAUACAUUCAGUGCAUUUGUAUGCUUUUGUCUUUGUAUAUAUCUGGUAUUUAAUAGCAGUCUCUUGCUUUGUGAUGUUUUGAUAUAUAUCUUUACAUUAAUGAGAUUUAGCAAUACUUUUCAGACGAUACCGAUAGUUCAUAAAAGUACAUUGUAUUACAAUUCUUCCACAUUUUAUAAAUCUUAAUUCCUAAUGAAUUAAUUCUUAAAAAGAACUCUUUAAUUCUUCCAUUUGUAUUACACUCCAUACUCUGCACACAUGCACAUAUGUGUGCACACACACUCUUACAAACAGAUAUGAUGUACAUAUUGAUAUAGCAGAUUAUUCACUACAUAGUUCUAAAUUUUUUGUUACUGUGCAUUGUAAACAGUCUUUUUUGUUCUUGAUAAGCUGGGAAAUGUUGGGAAAAAAUAUUGUAGUCUCUGGAAGUUGAAUUCGAAUUUUUACUUAUUAUCUGCCAAGUAUACUUACAAAAUGUGUUUGUGCUCCCUCAGUCAUUGGCUGAAUACAUAUGCCCAGAAUACUGUUCUAUACUACGUGCAAUUUAAUUACAAAUUAACCUUUGAGCUAUUUUGAUAUUUACAUGACCCUGUGACCAAAACUAAAAAUUUAACAAUAAUUUUGCCAAUAUUUAGGGAAUAAAGAUCCUAAGAAUUCAUUUAACACGAGGCUUUGCAAACACACAUUAAAUGAUAAUGGCUAAUAUAAUAUACACUGAAAAGUUAAUGGCUAUGUUGCAACCUGUAAGUUUAUAAUAGCAAAAUUAUUGCUAGUAACAAAAUCCUUGACUUGUAACCAUGGCAUAUUCAUGCACUAGUUGGGCAAAAUUAAUUACAAGUUAAAACUAUAAUUUUGAUUUUUAUUUAUUCUGGUUUUAAUUCUAAUUAUAAAUAAUACUACUAUUAUUUGUAUGAAGUCCAUCUGAAUAUAUAGUGGCCUUUGGACUAAAUGUAAAGGCAGCAGCCCAUUGUGUACCUUUAAGCUAUACAUGAUGCGAUUUGUCUUCUUUUUCAUUGUGCUUGAGAUGGUGGUAUGCUGCAAUGAUAAACAGACCCAAUGCACCACACACAAGAGAAAUUCUGCAGUCUUUAUUUUAUAUUACAUUUUACAGAUCUCAGUAAUCUCCAGUGAAUAAUCUUACUUACGAACUUGAUACUUCUUUUAGCAUUUGGGAACAAGGCAAAAUAAAUUUGCAAAUUGUCCCAGAAACCCAAUUAAUUCAUCCUAUACAAAUGUGUUCACGUCUGAAUUUUAAAAUGGCAGCAGAUUUUACAAAUUUAAGUCAAUAAACUCAACAUCUGUUCUUAUUUGAUUACAGAAUGUGAUGCUGCAACAAUAGAUGCUGAUGUUGUGUACUGUAAUUAUUUUUGCUUGCGGUUUUCCCAUUUAUUCUGCCAUUGGUACUGUUUCAGCACCAUUUGUGAAUGCUGGUAACCCAUAAAAAUCUGUCAGACUACUACGUCUAAAAGUAACAACCACAAGCACUGGGCAUUGAGUCACAUUUCAUUAUUUCUGUCAGCCAAAUUGUUUUUUUUUUUUUAAUAUAAUGAUGCUUUCGUGAGCUGAGGUGCAGAAGAUACUGAAUUAAAGUACUGCUGCUGUUUGCAAUACA